AUGGAUGGCAUCGGCUUCAUUGCCGGUCUGCACGCCGCAACGCUCGACGAUCAAGGUUAUCGGUCCGUGCUGCUCAAGCCUAACAAGCGACAGUCCCUUCGGACUCCUGGCAGCUCCAUCUCGGAAAAAACUAGAUCCAUCGUCAGCAAGGGCAAGAGCCUUUUUUCGCUUGCCUCUCCAGCUUCAUCCAUGUCUUUCAGCACGAGCACAAAGUCCGUCGCCUCCUCUUUGGCAUCCUGCAGCGAACAAGGACACAGAACGAGCCAUUCAGCGACCGACAACAUUCAGAGCUCUUUCGUCGCCGAACACGCCUCAUGGACAAAAGCAGAGCAGCAUACGCUCCACCACGAUGAUCUUGCUCCUGAAUCAUCGAUUCCCUUGAUGCUUUUCAGCGCGCCUCGUCCCAUGUUCCAGCUAAGUGGACAGCUUUGCAAAAGAAUCCGCCUCGACCCACACUUUGACCCCAGCUGGAUCUCGACAUUUGUCGACAACAGCUACCUCUUCCCAUCAAAGCCAAAUGUCAGGGAGCCAUAUGGCUGUGAAUAUGUUUGCCUCGCUUGUCAUCACACUCAUCUCGCAUCGGAAACGCUGCAAGGCAGCGUAAACUUGACAGGCCACGAAGCAGCCCCCUGUAUAACGCCGCUGAGUCCAAUGUCAGCAAUGCUGUUUUCGAUUGCAGAGCAGCCCACAUCUUCAACAGAUGAACAGCCUCAUCGACAAGAUGCGCCUGUUCUGUUGACACGAUUGCCGCCAGAAAGUCGAAUCGAAGCGCAAGCACUUCAGUGA